GCUCACUAAGCGCAACCACACAGACAGUCACAGAAAGCCGAGGAGCAGGAGCUGCGCGAGGCUCCCCUUCUUUAAAAAAAAAAAAAUAUAUAUAUAAAUAUUAUUUUUUAUUUAAGUUCGAGUUUAAGUUCAAGUGAGACGGAUUUCUGUGUGUGAAAAAAUGAGACUUUCAACGACAGUGCUUGUGACGGCUCUGUGCAUAACAGUAGUCAAUUCCAUUCCAGUUCCAGAAAACAAUGGACUUGAGUCACAAGCUCUUGAUCGAUUGGUGAUGGUUGAGGCAGAAAAAGACACGGCCCUCAGAAACAAAAGGACAAUUGGAAUAUUACGACAACUAUUUCCAGAAAUAUCUCAGGACAUAAAUCCAGAAGCUGAAAAUCGUGUAAGUGAAGCUGUGAGCUCGGACGAUCAACCAAAAGAAUCGGCAGCAGCGGAAUCGCAAAAUAAUGAAAUUCGAGUUCAAUUUGCCGACGAAAAGCAAAAUGAAGCCGCCGAACAGGAACUUGCACCCCUAGACGAUAUUGACGAUAGUGACGAUGAAAAUCGAAACAAAAGAUUCCUAAAUUCAAAUGGAUCAUCUGGGGGUGGAAGUGGUGCCGGAUCAGGAAACUUUCUUUUCGACAUUAUCAGGCAAGCAGCCGACGGGGCGGCAAGAGCGGCGGGCACAGUGUACCGCGUGGUAGCUGGUACACAAAGCCUCGGGUUGGGCCUUAGCGCAUCACGUGAUGUGGGCCCUGCUCCCCCACCCGCCGCCCCAGGUGCCCCCCCUGCGCCAGCUGCCCCAGCAGCCCCUGCGCCCGGAAACGCCACGAGACCAUCGUUGGUCGCCGGAAGCGGAAGUAGUAGCAGUGGUCAAUCAGACCCAGCGGCUGGCGCUCCAUCGCCAGGAGGUGGACAGGAAGCUGUUCCCGGACCAAUCACGAGGCUUUUUGUCAUAGCAAAUCGAGGAAUUUCGAAUCUUAUUCAGGACCUCAUACUCCGUUUGGCAGCAACCAGCGAACGAAUUGUCAACUUCAAGGCGCGACUAAUCACUUCCAUCAUCUAGGACACGUCUAAAUUAGGAAGCUCAUAUAUAUCUCGUAAAAGUAGGAAAAAAAAAAUCUGAAAUUUGAUGAUACUCCUUAGCCAUUUGAGAAUCAUCAAAAGAAGAAAGAAAAAAAUUGUCGAUGAAUUUUUUUUUAAGAAAAAAAAAGUGCAUUAUCGCUCCGUCUUAAAAAUUUUUUCAUAUCAAGAAAAACCAGUAUGGUGAAUUAUUGGCGACAAUGCGAAGAAUUUUCACCACACACACACAAAUUUUUCCCUAUUAUAAAUUGUAUAGUUGUCUCCCCCCCCCCCCCAAAAAAAAACCACCCGAAAGUAUUUCGUCAAAAACAGUCAACGUCACAAAUUUUUAUUUAAUUUCACCAUUUUUCUAUUUUUACUUCGACGAAACUUUCAUAUUUUUAUCAAACACUCUCUCUCUCUCUUGUUUGUAUUUACUACAAAAGAGAAUUUAAUUCAUAGAUAAUUGUAAAUUUAAAUUUUACAAAAAAGUUCAUCUAAAACUUCAGUAAAACUUUUUUUAAAAAACUAAAGAAAAGAAAAACAAUUUUUAAAAUUGUUUAAAAAAUUAUUUAAAAAAUUGUUUAAAACAUUAUUUUUAAAAAUUUACUUCAAUUUAAUUUCGCAAUUUUUAAAUCAACUAAAAAUAUUAAUAAAUUUAAAUAAAGUAAAAUCUCUUACAUUAUGGUCAUUAAAAAAAAAAAAAGAGAAACAGAAAAUUGUCAGUAAAGAUUAUUAAAAAUUGAAAAUAUCUUGGCUUAAAUGAAAUAUGAAAUUGCUCAGAAGCUGUGCGUAAUAGUGUAGUCAUUAUUAAUUACUAAUCUGAUCAUCUGCGGGGUGUCUGACAUCUUUUUCAAAAAAGAAAUUUUCGAUUCUCGUCGAAAAUAUUGAAAAAGUAUGCUAGACUAUGUGAUAGUUGUCGCGUUGUUCGUUGGUAAUUUACAAAAAUCUUUCUUCGAUUCCAUCUUUUAAAAAACAAUUUUAUUCACUUACAAUAAUUUUUUUAUUCCAUUAAAUAAAAAUAGAAUUUUACUACUUCACGACAGAUUAUUUUAUAAAAUAAUUAAAUUUACCGAUAAAAUCUAAUUACUCAAUUUUAUAUUAAAAUUGAAUUUUUUCAUUCAAGAAAUAUCAAAAAAAAAAAAAAAAAAAAAAUCGAAAAAAGAUUUCUGUAAUGGCUAAAAUCAGUCAGAAAGACAAAAACUUGUAAAUAGUAUUUGCUGCAACAGUGCCAGGCAUUGAUUGUUUUUACCAUUUAUUAUAAAUAUAAAUAUACAUAUUAUAGAUUCCCAUUGUGACAUGUUUUUAUGAUAAAAAUCUUGUUAAAAGGCUGUAGAUAAAAAAUCAGAAGAAAAUAAUGCAGAUCUAAGGAGGCUCGGAAACCCAUUGAAAAAAAUUAUAUAGAUUAAUAAUAAUAAUAAUAAACCAAUUGAUGCCAAGGAAAAAAGAAAAUUGUCAAAUUAAAAAAAAACAUAUCUUAUUUAGUAUGGGAAAUUUUUCAAAAAAAAGAUUUCGACAUCACUUGAAUUGUGUGAACCAUAUUUUUUUUUUUUUAUUUUUUUUUUAGUUAAGUUGACAGAAUAAUUUCCCAGUGUACAUGGUCUUUGUUAUUUUGUAGUGUAAAUAAAUAUUUACAUAAUAUUAUUGUAAUAAAAUUGAAAAAUUGAGUUUUUCUUAAACCCUUUUUAAAACAUUUUAUCAUUUGUGAAAAAAAAUCUACAAAUAAUAAUUUUUAUAAGUAAUUAUUUAUUUACAAAUGAAUAAUUUAUUAAUAAUUUACAUUUUAUAAUUAUAAUAAAAAAAAAAUGUAAUUAAUUGGUAAAAUAAAUUCUAUUCAAUUUUAUCAAAUCUUAUUAAAUUUUUAUUCAAUUCCAUUAAAUUUUAUUACACUUUAUCAUACAUUUGUGCAAAUAGAUUAAUAAACUCUGAGUUUAUUAACAAAUUUUUAAAUUUAAUAAAAUUGCAUAUAGAAUAUAAUAAUUACGAUUAAAUUUUUUCAAAUCAGUCUUAAAAAUGACAAUUUCUUCAAAUUAUAAAAACAAAAAUGGUACAACAGACAUAAAUAACAAUGUGAAGAUAUUUACACGAACAAUUAUAUGAAUUUUUAUAAUAAGUUAUUAUAUAUUUAUUGUACAAAUAAUUGUCGACCAAUAAGUCAUUGUAGUGCCAGUUUAAUUAAUAUAAUUAUUAAAUUAAGUUUUAAACCAUUUUUUUUUCUUACAAAAAUUUAAUUCUUAAUUUUUCAUUAAUAUCAUCCAUGAUUUAAAUUUUCAAAUUAAGAAAAUAAUUCUCACGGCAAUUAUUUGAACUUUUGUUUAUAUUUGCUUAUUUUGUAAUUUAUUUACUUUUUUUUUUAAAUACUAAAAAAUUGUUCAAUCACAUUUGUACUUUUUAUCCAUUUUAUCAAAAAAUAUUGAUUUACGAUUUAAAAAAAAGUGGAAGAAAAAAUCUCUUCCACUGGUAUAAAAAAUGUUUCUCAUCCGUUUUUUUU